AUGGCGUCUACUUCACCGCAAGGCAGCCCAACUGGCGAGGAGACUACCACCGGUCGACCUGAGCAUACUUCUACCGCAUCCCACGAUACUGCGUCACAAGAUUCCGCGCAAUCAGAUGCUGGUCAAUCUUUGCCUGCUUCCUCAAAAGCUCGUUUCCCUCGGCUUAGUUUCGACACUCCAGACCGAGUGUUCCCUAUUCGCUCCGUUAUAUCUGUCGAUCCGACUGCCUCAAAUCCUCCAACGUCCCAAUCGCCUCCGCCACAGUGGCCGCCUUUCAGGCCUCUGUCUCCAAUUCGGGAAGGUAAUCGUGCAUACUCUGGAGUAAAUCAGCGGGAUACACAAGACGCAGCUAGUCGCGCAGAGGAUUCUACAGACCAGAAGGGCAGUUCAGACGUGGCAGACGAAAACAAAGAGACAGCAAAGGCGGCACGUCACUCCGUGAUCGAGAACAUAUCUGCUCAAUUUUCUAGUGAUGGACAAAGCUCAACUUCAAGCACUGAUGGCGGGGUUCCUGUGGGCAGAGACGACCCUCCGCGGAGUAGGCCGUUGGAGAAUGGUGAACCGGAGCUGGUCACUUCACGAUUCCAGCAUAUCGUUACCGAGAAUGGUCAUGCUAUCAUAACCGGGCGUGAGGGCGAAGACUUUCAAUUUUGUGAGGAUGAGCCGAUUCAUAUUCCAGGUGCCAUUCAAAGUUUUGGCGUCUUGCUUGCGCUUGAAGAGGAGAAAGAAGGAAAGUUGGUUGUACGAGUGGUUAGUGAGAACUCUGCGGAUUUACUCGGUUAUACUCCAAAACAACUCUUUGCUCUGGAGAGUUUCACCGAUAUACUUACCGAGGAACAAGAAGAUAACCUCCUCGACCAUGUUGAUUUCAUAAGGGACGAGUCAUGCGAUCCGAGAAUACAUGGGCCAGAAGUAUUUAUUGUCUCCAUCGCAAACCCUGCGGGUGAAACGAAGAAGUUCUGGUGCGCCAUGCAUGUGAACGAUGCCAACGAUAAGCUCAUCAUCUGCGAAUUUGAGUUUGAGGAUGACCAGGCUCAUCCAUUGAAUGUUUCAGGGCAAACAACACCAGACGAACCUUCGGAUACAUUGGGCAUUGACCCAACGCCUGAAGAACUUGCUGCAAGUACUGUCAAUAUAAGUCGCCCCCUCCGUGUUUUGCGCAAUGCUCGGAGACGGAAAGGUGAAGCUGCAGCUAUGAAAGUGUUUAAUAUCUUGACUCAAAUUCAGGAACAAUUGGCAGCAGCGCCAACCCUGGAUGUCCUUUUGAACACCGCCACGGGCCUUGCGAAGGAGCUUACUGGAUUCCAUCGUGUUAUGAUUUAUCAGUUCGACAGCAGCUGGAACGGUAUGGUCGUCGCGGAACUUGUAGAUCCUCGAGCGACCAAGGAUCUCUACAAGGGGUUACAUUUCCCUGCGUCCGAUAUCCCGAAACAAGCACGGGAGUUAUACAAAAUCAACAAGGUCAGACUUCUUUACGAUCGUGAUCUGACCACAUCACGUCUUGUGUGUCGGACUGUAAAGGAUCUUGAGAUGCCUCUAGAUAUGACACAUGCAUAUUUGCGAGCCAUGUCUCCAGUUCAUCUCAGGUAUUUAGCCCACAUGGACGUACGUGCAUCAAUGUCUAUCAGUAUCAAUGCCUUCAACGAGCUGUGGGGCCUGAUUUCCUGUCACUCGUACGGAGCAACGGGCAUGCGAGUAUCAUUUCCCAUUCGCAAGAUGUGUCGUUUGAUCGGCGAUACAGUUUCUCGAAAUAUUGAGAGGCUUUCGUAUACGUCGCGCUUGCAAGCCCGGAAACUCAUUAAUACCGUUCCUACAGAGGCAAAUCCUUCAGGUUACAUUAUUGCCUCAUCCGACGAUCUUCUGAAGCUAUUUGAUGCUGACUAUGGCGCUCUGUCGAUACGGGACGAGACGAAGCUUUUGGGUCGUAUAACUCACACGCCAGAGGUCCUGGCUUUGCUUGAAUAUUUGAAGAUGCGCCAGCUCAAUUCGGUGCUAGCAUCCCAUGAUGUCGGCAAGGACUUUCCGGACUUACGGUACCCUCCAGGGUUCAAGCAUGUUUCCGGUUUGUUGUAUGUACCUCUUUCUGCUGGAGGGAAGGAUUUUAUCGUUUUCUUCCGACGAGGGCAAAUGACUGAAAUCAAAUGGGCGGGAAAUCCUUACGAGAAAAAGCUAAGAGACGGAACAACUGGCUAUCUGGAACCACGAAAGAGUUUUCAGACUUGGCGAGAAACUGUCCUGAGUCGAUCGCGAGAGUGGUCAGAAACCGAUAUUGAGACAGCAGCAGUACUUUGCCUUGUUUACGGAAAGUUCAUUGAAGUCUGGAGACAAAAGGAAGCGGCUAUGCAAAGCACUCAAUUGACCAAACUGUUGCUAGCCAAUUCCGCUCAUGAAGUUCGAACUCCAUUAAAUGCUAUUGUCAAUUAUUUGGAGAUUGCCUUGGAAGGAUCGUUGGACUCAGAGACUCGCGAGAAUCUUGCCAGGUCACACUCUGCAUCCAAGUCUUUAAUUUACGUCAUCAACGAUCUGCUUGACUUGACCAAUACGGAGAAGGGACAGAAUCUGAUCAAAGAUGAGGUUUUCGACUUAUAUGCCACUUUCAAGGAAGCUACAGAAAUGUUUCAAGGCGAGGCAAAACGGAAAAAUAUCGUUUACAAUUUCACGCUAUACUCUGGCCUCCCUAAAUCCGUUUUGGGUGAUCAACGCCGAGUGCGCCAAGUCAUUGUCAACAUCAUUGCUAAUGCUAUCCAGCAUACCGAAUCCGGUCAUGUGAAUGUUGAGAUUUGGCGCUCCCCAGUUCAGCCAGAAAGUCAUGGGACAGUGGAUGUCGAGUUUGCUGUCAACGAUACAGGCUCGGGAAUGUCUCCUGCCACUGUCGACGCUUUGUUCCGCGAUUUGGAACAGGUCUCGUCUGAAGAAGAAAACUACUAUUACGAGCAGGAUGAAGAUAAGGAACAAGCAAAAGAAACCCAGGAUGGAGGCGAGAAGCGUGUACUGGGCCUUGGUCUGGCCCUGGUUGCUCGAAUUGUUCGUAACAUGCACGGGCAGCUGAGUGUGAAGUCGGAAGAAGGCAAGGGUAGUCGUUUCAAGAUCCUGCUAAGGUUCCCCGUGCCUACGGAACAACCGGUUGCUACUACUGUCCCUCAAAUUACUGGCCCUGAACCAGUAGCCUCACCCAGUACACCACCCCUGACGGAGGGUGAGGUGCUCUUGGUUGAUAGUAACGCGCGCCCCAAAAGUCAGCGACGACUGAGCGCAGAGAGUAGUCGAAGCGGUGGCAGUUUUGGUAGUUCUCGAAGUGGUCGAAGCGAAGCCGAUCGUCUUAUCAGUGCCAUCCAAGAACCGGCCCUCGUAAACCGAUCUGCAACACCGGAUGAAUCACGAAAGUCAAACGUUUCCAGUAAGUCCCUUGGUUCUGCGACGCAGCAAUCAAUAUCUUCGACUUCUUCUGCAAAGAGCGGCACGCCCGGCCCUAUUGCUCUUCCUGGCCCACCAGAUUUUCGUCAUAUGAUGCCGCUGGGUUCUCCUCCUGCUCCGGGGCAGGAGCCUAUCACAGACUCUGGCAUGCCGAUGAGUGCUUUGAGAGUUGGCGAAACAGAGGUCAAACGACCACCGUCACCACUAGAACUGGCUCGACGAAGGUCAGCAUCGAUAGCGACAACAGUACUUACCUCACCAGGAGUUGCUUCCGAGGAAAAUCCUUUUGACGCUCUUCAUGUGCUUGUCGCCGAAGACGACCCUGUCAACAGCAAGAUCGUGCAGAAACGACUGCAGCGAGCUGGACAUUCAGUACAUUUGACCGGAAACGGUGAAGAGUGCGCGAUUGCAUACCGUGCUAAUCCACAGGCAUUUGAUGCCAUCCUCAUGGAUAUUCAGAUGCCUAUCAUGGACGGUAUGGACUCAACGGAGAUGAUACGCAAAUUCGAGCAAUCCUCUCACGAUGUCCAAGUAUCCGACAAAGCCAAACCCCUUGGCCGAGUCCCUAUAUUCGCAGUCUCAGCAUCACUUGUCGAGAAAGAUGUCCAAAAGUACAUUGACACUGGAUUCGAUGGAUACAUUAUGAAGCCGAUCGACUUUAAGCGAGUCAAUGCUAUACUCUCUGGCCUACAGGCUUAUAGUGAAAGGAAAGCACUUACUUAUUUGCCUGGUAACUGGGAGCACGGUGGCUGGUUUGACCGGUCAAAGAUCGCAGAGGUUAAAACUGAGGCGAGUUGAUCCCGCAACCGCUUGACUAUGAUCCUUUGGCUAGAGUCCUUCUAGCGCGGCCAUACCUUUUGGCAUAAUCUCUGCUCGAUCCAGCUAUCGCUCCAGCUCUUGACAGGCUUUAUUACGACAUUAGAGAACUUUGUCCUCCCUCCCACAACCUUCCAAUUCAUCGCUUCCUUCCCUUGUUCCCUAAUUGGAACCAACUCACGAGCUAGCCACGUGUUUUUUUUUUUUUACACUAAUGGCAUUUCCCAUUAUCAUAUACACACACAUGUGUACGCCUUUACGACAAAAAGCAGGACCGGAGUUUGGUCAUCGCGUCGUAUUUUGCUUUUUAUUCCCAUUUAGCUUUGUUGGAUACUCUUUCCAUUUGCAUUGUGUUUUUGGCCCUUUUUUGGCCCUUUUCAGUCCUCGUCUUUUUGGCUUUAGCAUACACUGUAAAGCAUACGAGUCAUGAGAGAGAGUGUGUACAUAUAUAUUAUACCAAUUGUACAUAUAGAAGAAUACGAAUGAUCAAGACAAGAAACAUCCAUUGGAAGAAUAAGUUAAGUUUCUGUUAUGCCUUCCGAUGUGGUCAGGUAUCAUGAAUUAUAUGUAAAUCGCUUGAAUCAACGUACUCCACACCAAAAAGCCCUUGCAUAUGGUGCUUUUGCUCGAUGGGAAAGGAACAAGGUAUAUUAACGAAAAAGACAACAAGAAAGUCUUGCAAAAAGCUUCAAGGCUAAUAAUACUCCGGCAACGCCCCAAAACUCGGCACUGCACUCCCACACGUAAAAUUAGGCUUAUAAGCCAACUCAGGCAUAAACCCGGCUUGUCUCGCCUGCUUAUAACUCCAUUGUGGCGCCGAUUCAGUCUGCCAUGUCCAAUAAAACCAGCCCAUAGCAGACUCGAACGCGGAGAAUUGUGCUUCGGCGUAUGUUUGAAGCCACAGUUUGUACUCUGAGGAAAAUCCGCUGACGUCUGCGUUGGCGGAGGCGCAGCUGCAGGUACUGCCUCGGUUGGUGGAGGUGGUACCCUUUGCUGUGGGACAGUAGGCAGUUGUGCUACCGGAUAGAGUGCCUUCCCAGCGGGUGCCGGUGUUGACGUUGUUGAGGUAUUGGGUGCAGUCUGUAUCUGCUUGGGAGAAUUCGCCGCAGAUUGUUUGG